AUGUGGAUUAGAUGGUUCGAGAACGUGAUGGCUGCUGCCAAUGUAACUGAUGGGGCUCACAAGAAAACACAGUUAUUGGCCAUGGGUGGAAUGGAGCUACAGUGUGCGUACUAUAGCUUGCCAGGUGUUGAUGAUGAAACGACCGAAGCUAAUGAUCCCGACCCCUACCUGACCACAAAAGACAAGUUAAUGCAUCACUUUUCUCCAAAGCAACAUGACAGCUUUGAGCGUUUUCUUUUUUGGUCGAUAGUUUCCGAGGACGAAGAACCGAUUGAGAAGUUCGCUCUUCGUGUCCAACAGAAAGCGGAGAAAAUAUGUUUUGGGAAAACUGCCCUUGAGAGCCGACACAUUGCUGUUAUCGAUAAGAUAAUACAGUAUACAUCAAAUGAUCUUCGACAGAAAUUACUGGAAAAAGAAAUUCUGACGUUGGAUGAUACGACGAAAAUCAUUAACGCUUUUCAAGCAGUACGUUAUCAGUCUGCCAAAAUGAAUGAUAAAGGACCAGGAAACCGUACGCCAACCGCUGUAAAUCGUAUCACCAGACCAAAUAUACCUUACAAAGAAUCAGAAAACUUGCCAACAUUCAGUGUUAACCGCAUUGCCAAGAUGAAUGGAUCUAUCGAUGAGAGAACGAAAUGUUCGAGAUGCGGAUAUCUGCCUCAUCGACCAGGAGCUCGAUGUCCAGCAGCUACCGAAACCUGUCAUGGUUGUGGCAUAGUGGGUCAUUUCCGCACAAUGUGUCGGUCUAAAUCGAAGCACGAUUGGGACAAUCGGCGGAAUAAUCGAAAACGGAAGCUGAAUUUGGUCACUUCAAAUGAACAUCAUCGUUCAGAAAAACGUACUCGGAAUGUUUUCAAUGUCAGGGAACAUGAAGGUGAAGAGAUUCCCGAAGAUUUACCGGUUUACAAUGUGGGUUGUAGUGAUGAUGAAAUUAUUCAUUGCCGUGUUGGUGGUGUGCAGAUUGGUAUGUUAAUCGAUUCGGGGUCCAAACACAAUCUUAUUGACGAUACAACAUGGGAACUGAUGAAGUUGCGGGAUGUCAAAAUGACGAACCAAAGAGUUGAUACGGAUAAGCGUUUUUUGGCAUACGGACGGAUACCCUUAAAACUGAUCACAACUUUCGAUGCUGAACUCGAAGUUGACGAUAGUGGAAAUUUAUUAAAAACUAAAACAUCAUUUUAUGUCAUCGAAAAGGGACAACAGCCUCUUCUAGGAAAGUUGACAGCGCAAAAAUUGGGGCUUCUGAAAAUAGGAUUACCUAGUACACAUUCUUUGUCAGUCAGAAAGAUUGAGAGCUCCAAAGCAUUCCCGAAGAUAAAGGGAAUAAAGUUGAACAUCCCUAUCGAUAGAACUGUGCCGGCUGUCAUUCAACCAUUGCGGCGCUGCCCUAUACCAUUGCUCGAGAAAGUUGAGCAGAAGCUAAACGAACUCCUAGAAAUGGACGUCAUCGAAAAAGUAAAGACACCAACUUCAUGGGUAUCACCCCUGGUUCCUAUAAUAAAAGAAAAUGGCGAUUUGCGAUUGUGUGUGGACAUGAGAAGAGCGAAUCAAGCCAUACAAAGGCUAAACCACCCUCUACCUGUUUUUGAAGAUCUGAUAUCACGAUUUCGAAAUGCCAAGUUCUUCACAUCACUCGACAUAAAACAGGCAUUCCACCAAGUUGAACUUUCAGAGGAUUCUCGCGACGUUACUACCUUUAUCACUAACUGGGGGCUGUACCGAUACAAACGCCUACUGUUUGGGAUAAAUUGUGCGCCAGAGUUGUUCCAGAAUCUUAUGGAAAGCAUACUAGUUGGCUGCAAAAAUACGGUUGUGUUUAUCGACGAUAUUAUGAUAUUUGGAGAGACUGAACAGGAACACGACUCGGCAGUGAAACUUACAUUACAAGUUUUGAGUCAAUACGGAAUAUUGUUAAACGAUCAUAAAUGCAAAUUCAAACAACAAGAAAUCGUGUUUCUGGGGCACAAAUUAUCAGCUAAUGGAGUAUCUCCGUGCGAAGAAAAAGUCAAGGCAAUUUUGUCCUGCAGAGCUCCACGUACUAAAGAAGAACUUAGAAGCUUUCUAGGUCUUGUAACAUACGUUUCAAGGUUUAUUCCAAACUUGGCGACAAUUAAUUAUCCUCUGCGUCAACUUUUGAGACAAGAAUCUCAUUUCGAAUGGAUGGCCCAACAUAAAAUAUCUUUCGAGAAAAUCAAAACGCUCAUAGGAUCAGCAGGUAGUCUGGGUUUUUACGAUCGAAAUGAUCGAACGCUGGUGGUUACAGAUGCUUCUGGAGUAGGAUUGGGUGCGGUAUUGAUCCAGUUCAAGAAUUCCCUUCCACGGAUUAUAAGCUUCGCCUCGAAAAGUUUGUCUGAGGUUGAAAAGACUUAUCCGCCAAUUGAAAAGGAAGCGCUUGGUGUUGUUUGGGCGGUCGAAAGAUUCAAAAACUAUUUACUGGGCAUCACAUUCGAACUUGAGACAGAUCAUCGUCCGCUAGAAACACUGUUUACAACAACAUCUAGACCAACUGCGCGAAUUGAGCGUUGGUUACUGCGUAUCCAGGCCUUUCGAUUCAAAGUGGUUUAUCGAAAAGGUUCGGCUAAUCUAGCAGAUUGUUUAUCCAGACUAGCAGCACAUGUAGAAGAUCCACACUGGACGGAAGAAACAGAUGUAUUCAUUAGGCGAGUAAUGGUACAAUCUCUGUCGUUUCUUUCGGGCGUGGUUAAUGAGCUGAGUUUUGAUUCGGAAACAGAAGAAAUCAUAAGGGCCCUUCAACAAGCGGUUGCUAUUGAUAUUGAAGAAGUAGCAACGGCUACCGUGUCAGAUCAGGAGCUACAGAAAGUGAUCAAGGCUAUCGAGACUGACAAAUGGGACCAAGAAGAUCUGAAGCAAUACAAACCGUUCCGGCUGGAGUUCUCUAACAUCAACAACUUGGUUAUGCGUGGCACGAAACUGGUUAUUCCGAUCUCUUUGCGUUCCAGGAUGUGUGAGCUGGCCCACGAGGGGCAUCCUGGCCAAUCAAUGAUGAAAAGGAGGCUUCGUGAGCGAUGCUGGUGGCCAGGAAUCGAUCAAACAGCUGUGAAAAUCUGUGAAAGGUGUGAAGGAUGUCAGUUGGUGCAAUCUUCAAAUCCUCCAGAGCCUAUGACUCGCCGUGCACUUCCUGAAAAGCCCUGGGUUGACAUAGCUAUGGAUUUCCUGGGUCCCAUGCCAUCGGGGGAGUAUCUUUUAGUAGUUAUCGAUUACUACAGUAGAUACAUUGAAAUUCAAAGAGUAUUGUUCGACUUAUCGUAUUCACCUCAACCACACUUCGCCAUAUUGGCCGCAAGCAAACGGCGAAGUAGAGAGACAAAAUCGAUCCCUCCUUAA